AUGAGUGACACUAGAAAGCGAAGCAGCAUCUGGCUGCAGUUUAAAGAUAUUGGGAACAAGAAAGCAGAGUGCCUUCACUGCAAAACGAAGGUCACUAUAAGAGCAGGUUCCACCACAAACCUGCAUAGACAUACAAGAACUGUCCAUCCUACAGUGCAGUUAGAGGAGAGAGGGCAAGCCAGCUCACCAUCUACUGAUCCUGGUGUGUCUCAUACCAGAACAACAGCUGCUGUAACGUCUACUGCCAUCCCCAUGCGUGCAAGUAUAACCUCUCCUACUGCAACUCAAAGCAAAAUAAGUCAGUUUUUACCUAAACUGAUGACCCCAGCCAAACAGCACAGUAUUGAUGAUGAGUUGGCUAAAAUGGUAGCUUCUGAUUUUCAACCCUUUUCCAUUGUGGAGGACAAAGGAAUGAAAAACUUUGUCAAAGCCCUAAAUCCCACAUACACUCUACCCAGUAGAAAAACACUUUCCCAAACAAUGAUCCCAAAACUAUAUGACACAGAACGUGCAUUAUGGCAAGAAAGGGUGACAAAAGCUCCAUCAGUUUGCCUGACAACUGACUGCUGGACCUCCAGAACAACCUGCUCUUUCAUGUCUGUCACUUGCCACUUUAUUGAAGAUUACAAGAUGACAUCUUGCCUUCUGGACUGCUUCGAGUUCACCGACAGACACACUGCAGAAAACUUGGCAGUGGAGCUACUAAGAGUGGCAAAAGAGUGGCAAGUAGAGGACAAAGUGGUGUGCUGUGUGAGUGAUAAUGCUGCAAACAUCACCAAAGCCAUAAAAGUUUUGAAGUGGACCCAUCACCCAUGUCUGGCGCAUACACUAAACCUGGUGGUUAGAGAUGCUCUGAAGGUGAUCAAAACAACCGUGGAUAAGGUGAAGGCUGUUGUGGAGUUUUUCCACAAAAGCACAGUAGCAGCACAGAAGCUAAAGUCCACACAGCGCCAAAUGGGGAUUCCUGAACUGAGGCCCAAACAAGAGUGUGCCACCAGGUGGAACUCAACAUUUGAUAUGUUGAAACGAAUGCUUGAAAUAAAAGAUGCCAUCAUCUCCACCCUGGCCCUCAUCAACGCAUCUAUUGAGCCAUUAAGCCAAGAGGAAUGGGAGCUGGUGAAAGAGGUCUGCGCCGUCCUGCAACCAUUCCAGGAGGUGACUGUGGAGAUAAGUGCAGACAGGUACCUAGAACCAUUGAAGCAUUGUUUUCUCUACUACUAUUCAGUCACUAUUAUACAUUGCAAACACAACACAUACAGUAUAAUGCAUCACGUAUAAUAUGCCACAUACUUUUAAAAAACUAAAUUCUAAAAGUUGCUGUUUUCUCUCCUUCAGCUAUGUCACAGCCUCGAAAAUGCUCCUGCUUUGCAAAGGUCUGCAGCUGGUGACAGCCGAGAACCAAUGGACAGUAACUGUGCAGAAAGUGAAGGAAUUAGUUGCAGCUCUUUGUUCAGCCAUGGACCGCAAAUUUCUGCGGAUGGAGUACAACACUGUCCUUUCAGAAACUACCUUAUUGGAUCCAAGGUUUAAAAAACUUGCCUUCAGUGAUCGUAGAGCUGUUGAUGAAGCUCUUCAGAGGAUUAGUGCAGCAGCAGCAGCAAAAUGCACCCCCAGCAGCCAGCCAGCUCCACCAUUACAGGGCCAAGUGGAGGAGGAGCAGCAAACCUCUGCUGUUUGGAGGCUUUUUGAUGACAGAGCUACAGGAGAUGCUUCAAGGAGAAAUCCGACAGCUGAUGCUAUAAUGGAGGUGAGGAGCUACCUUGAGGAGCCCCUCAUCCAGAGAGCAGAAGACCCACUGAGCUGGUGGCAGGCCAAGGCCUCAGUCUUUCCACUCCUGGUGAAGGUGAUGGAGGGGAGACUAUGUAUUGUUGCCACAUCAGUUCCUUCUGAGAGAAUCUUCUCCAAAACAGGGCAGAUACUCACGGAGAGGCGAAAUCGUAUCAGGCCUAUCAGCCCAUCCAAGCUGAGGCAUCUGAUCUUCCUGAAUGCCAACCUGCCCUGAGGACUAAUGCUGUUUGCUGGAGUUUGGUUCUGGUUUUGAUUCUGUUCUGUGGAUUUGUUUGAAGUUUAUUGUUAAUUUGUGCAAUAAAAAAGUUUAAUUGAAAUAAACAAAUGUAAGAGUGGUUUUGUCACAGAAUAAAUGCACAGAAUUAGGCAUUAUAAGGUCUCUCAUAAAAACACUGAAAGCAAAAGGGUUUUCAACACAUAAACCAUGAUUUUUUUUCAAAGUUAAGGUAAAAUAUAGGCUACAAAAGAUCCUAAAUAAAGAGCCGUUCGGGAGUCGAAAGAGCCGGCUCUUCUUUGGGAGCCGAGUCAAAAGAGCCGGCUCUCAGAAAAGAGCCGAACUUCCCAUCAUUACUGUUAGCUAGAGAGCACGU